AUGAAGAUUACUAGUUGUUGGUCAGUGAGCAAUCUAAAGUUUGCCUAUGAGAACGUGAAGGCAAUGAUCAAUGUUUCGAUGAUGACGCUGGUUAUGGUCCGCACAAUCAAAGGUAUCCUGCAGGCUUGCAUGAAGAGGCACAACGCGGACCUAUGGGAUGAACUAUUACCAGGAUGCAUGCUGGCAUACCGAGAUGCAGAUUGUACAUCUACAGGAAUGACACCAGCAUACCUAACCUUUGAAAUCCACCUACCGAUAGACGUCACAACCCCAGUCGCACCCGCAGAAGAGGUAUCAACAUCACAGUUUGCUCAACAACUCCGUCAGAAGCUGCACAUUGCCUUCGAGUCGGCCAAUCGUGUACACCAAAUGGCACACCUGCAGCAGAAACAACAAUACGAUCGGAGUGUGCUCGGGUCAUCAUAUGCCAAAGGGGAUAAGAUUUGGCUGCACCGACCCAAGCCCCCGGUGGGCGCCUGUGCAAAGUUUCACCGCCCAUGGCAGGGGCCGUAUGAGAUUGUAUUCAUACGCUCCCCGAUGGUAUACGUCAUCCGAGGCAUAUCGUCCUCCACUGCUGAUGUUUUGACGGCGCACUACAAUCAACUGAAGACUGCCGGCCAUCACGACUUGCCAAAUCACCGCAGUUAG